AUGCACACUCAAUCCAACCUCUAUCGCAAGAGAUCGCUCUCCGAAACAUCAGCUACAUCAACCUCCUCUCACACCAGUCAGUUCUCCCAAGAGAAGAAGCGCUCCAGAUUGUCGAAGUCCCUCUUGUAUCUCUUCCGAUCCAAGUCUCCUGUGCCGAUUGAUAACCCCCACCGCCACGAAAACAAGAUGUCACCGUCUCGGAACAUCCCACGGAGAAAUCACAAAGCUGCAUACUUCCUGGAUCAACACUACACCUCAACCAGCCCCACCCAAAUGUCUAUCAGCAUGGGUUCGUCGACGGUGGACAUCCCUAAACGUGCAUCUACCCCCACCCGCAAGAACAGCGGCAACUACAAACGCUACAAUGGUACUGUCAACCACUAUGGUCGCCACUCCAACGACUGGCUAUUCGGUGGCUUCAGUGUUCGGGAGACUGUUCGAGAUAGCCUCGAAAAGCUCCGCGGCCAGGACAAGGAGAGCUGA